AAGUAUAGAUACAGAAAGACAAAUGUCAAAAUGGCUGAGAUGCAUUGUUUUCCGUAUAUAGAAUUCUAUGAAAUGUGUGUUGUUAAGUUGAAUUAUUUGAUCGAUUAAUAAUCAUGAAAGUAGCGCCACAUGCAGUAUGCGUCAAACUAGCUGGGUAACCCUUUUACCAGUGACUAGCAGUGACCUUACAGUUAAAUGUUGCGCAUUGUUUAAGUUCAUUUGAGUUUAUGCGCGGAAGUAUGUGUUGCAUUAGGCUAAAGUAAACUGUUAACUAUUUCUUUAACAUCAUGGACGACAAACAGAAUAGUCGCAAAGUGUUAACUAUUCUUUUUCUGUGUCUGCUAUGGUACAUAGUAUCUAGCAGCAGCAAUGUCGUCGGCAAGAUGGUACUUUCCGAUUUUCCAUAUCCACUCACGGUGACAAUGGUACAGUUAACCUCAAUCACAGUUUACUCCGGUCCAUUUUUCAAUUUAUGGGGUGUACGCAAGUCUCCUUCCAAUAUUCCUUGGAGUUAUUACUUGCGUUUAAUCGUGCCUUUAGCACUUGGCAAAUUUCUUGCCAAUGUGUUCAGCCACGUCAGCAUUUGGAAAGUACCCGUGUCAUAUGCCCACACUGUGAAGGCUACAAUGCCACUCUUCACAGUGAUUUUGUCAAGAAUAAUUUUACGAGAAAAACAAACUUGGAAAGUUUAUCUUAGUCUUGUACCUAUUGUCGGAGGUGUGGCCAUUGCAACAUUAACAGAACUUAGUUUCAACAUGAUUGGUCUAAUAAGUGCUUUAGCAUCUACAAUGGCAUUUUCGUUACAGAAUAUAUACUCUAAAAAGGUGCUGCAUGACACAGGAGUUCAUCAUUUAAGACUUCUACUUAUACUAGGACGUUUAGCUUUGUUCAUGUUUUUACCAAUUUGGAUAUUUCACGACUUGAUAAAUCUAUUACAUGAUCCCGUUACAAAAACAGCAGUAAAUAUCUCAUAUAACAUACUAGGAUUAUUAUUUCUAGAUGGCAUACUUAAUUGGUUACAAAAUAUUAUAGCUUUCUCCGUGCUUUCAAUAGUAACACCAUUGACCUAUGCAGUUGCAAGUGCUAGCAAACGUAUAUUUGUUAUCGGAGUAACAUUAUUUGUAUUAGGUAAUCCAGUGACAUGGAUAAAUGUGCUUGGUAUGGCUAUGGCCAUUUUAGGAGUAUUGUAUUAUAAUAAAGCCAAAUAUGAUCAACGUCAAGAAAAAGACAAAGACAGUAGUGUACUUCCGAAAUAUUAUAAUGUAAAUCGCAAUGGUAAUAGUAAUUCUUCUAUACCUAAUGGAUGGGGUAGUAAGAGAAAUCAAUUAUUUGCAGUUUAGUAUUUGAUUUUUUUAAAAUAUGAAUUAUAUAUCUCUUAAAGAAUAUUCAUUUUCUUAUGACAAUGAGAGUAGAUUGAAUCUGUUUAACAAAUUAAAAACUCAUUUUACAAAAGAUUACUCAAGAUAACAUACAACUUCUGCAUUCAGUAAAAUGAUCCCAUCGAUAAAAUAGGAUGAUAAAGAAUGUUUAUAUAUAUAUAUAUAUAUAUUUCAAUUAUUUGUCUUGCACAAAAAGAGCUGUAAAGGUUUAUAGCGUCGAGGAGCAAAAUAUAAGCAAGCUAGUUCUUAGCUGUUUUAUACGUUCGUAUUGGAAAAAACAGUAUUAUAUUGUUAACAACUUCUCAAGUAUCUUUGAAUUCAUGACGCGUUUAUUAAUUUUUACGAGUUAGCAUUAUCAGUAGCUAUGAUUGUUCUGCGUUUCGUUUAACUGUUUUUAGAUCUUCAUUUUUAAAAUUAAUUUUGAGUAGUAUUAUGUAGGACUUAUAUAGAUGGUUCUAAAAUAAUGUAUUUUUUAAUUGUAAACAAUUUAACUGCAUCUUUUUUAAAAGUCGAACCUGCUGGUAAGGUAGGAUUAUAUAAUCUCCAAUGCGCAUGGAUCUUUUUAAAACAGCUGAUUGCUGGUACAAUUAGCAACGAUUAGUUAAAUAUUAAAACUUAAUUAUACAAUUAAUAAAUUGACAUUUGCGAUAAUAAUGAGUUGUUAAAUCUAAUUUAAGGCUAAUAAGAGUAUUGGCCAUAGACGAGUUUCCUAGCUUGUAAUGCAUUCAUUACGAGCGUGUAAUUUUUAAUAAGUAAUGCAUGAUUUUGCGUUUCUUAAAAUAUUAUCCUGUUACAAUGUAACAUUGACUAUUUGUAGAUAUGCGUAAUGGUUAUAAAUGUACAGGUACAUUAAUUUGAAUAUUAGAUUAAUUUAAACGAAUGUAUCUCUUAAUUUUUGCACUUCUAUGAAUAUGUAUUCGUUUACAUACUUCCAACAAAGACAUUGUACAGUUGGUGUGUUAUGAAUCAGCGCGAAGUAUGUAUGAGUGAGAAAAAAUUGUAUGCAGGAAAAGAUGUUCUAGUUAAAAGCAAUCUAUAGUAAAUUUAUUUUUAUAAAUAAACACAUGCGUACAAAAAUAUACCAGAGAUAUUAGUAUCGCAGCAGCAUCAUUCAUAUUAAAUA